AUGGAAGAGACAAACGUUGACGCGGGUUCUUUAGCUACACCAGUAUCAAAGAAAAAAAUUGUGAAGAAAGACAAUCUAGAAGAAAAUGAAGACUUUAUGGAAACUAACCUUGAAAAGCCUGAAGAUAGAACCAAGACUGCAAAGAUGUUACGUGCACAAUCUAAAAAAGAGAAAGCACAGAAAGGUUCAAUGAAACCAGCUGCAAAGAUGAGACUUGAUAAAUCAGUCCACUCAGAUACCAAGAAAAGGAAUUCGGAAGGUGGAAGCACGGAGAUGCAGAUUGCCGAGUCGUUAAAGAGCAAGAAUAAGAAUGCUCGUGCAGUGACGCCUUCUACCAAAAAAUCUGAACAAAUUCUCAAGAGCCACCCCAAGAGGAAUCAUAUAGUUAUUGAGGAAGAGGAGCAUAUAAAGUCUCUCAGAUUACCAAAGACAGAACACAUCCAAGUGGUACUUAAGAGAUCUUAA